AUGGUUGCCAAAGUCCAGCAACUCUCCAAGGGAGACACGGAGAAGAAAACCCCCACCCAGGUUCCCGAGAACAAGCCACUCGCCUACCACGCGUAUACCAUCUGGCUAUUCGCCCGCCGCGACAUCGCCUCAAUCGUCCUUCCGGAAACCUGCUUCGGCAUCUUCAGCGCCCUCGCGGGCCCCCUUCUGACCACCAACCCCCACCCCACUGUCCUUUCCAUCAUCUCCCGCAUCCCCCUCGUGCUUAUCUGGAACUGGCUCAACGUCCUCCUCUUCGGCAUCGCCAACCAACGCCUCCCCCAAUCCGUCCUCGAGGACUCCAUCAACAAAUCCUGGCGCCCCCUCCCAGCGGGCCGCCUCACCCAAACCGACGCCCGCCGCCUCCUGCUCGCCGUGAUCCCCGCCGUCUUCGCCGCGAGCUGGCUCCUCGGCGGCAUGCCCGAGACGGUGGCGCUCAUGGUGCUGACGUGGAUGUACAACGACCUCGGCGCCGCCGACGAGCACUUCCAUGUGCGCAACCUGAUCAACGCCUGCGGCUUCAUGUGCUACAGCUCGGGCGCGACGACGGUGGCCGCGGGAUACCGGCGCUACGCACUCAACAGCACGGCGUACACAUGGAUCGGCAUGAUCGGCGCGAUUGUGCUGUCGUCGCUGUCGCUGCAGGACCUGCCGGACGUCGAGGGCGAUGCGGCCACGGGCCGGCUGACGCUGCCGCUGCUGCAUGGCGAUGCCGUCGCGCGGUGGGCGAUUGCGGUGCCCGUGCUCCUGUGGUCGCUCGUCUGUCCCGCGUUUUGGCAGCUGAGCUGGCCCGGGUGGUUGGUGUCGGGUGGGUUUGGGGCGCUGGUGGCGUUCAGGGUGUUGCUGAAGAGGGGAGUCGUGGCGGAUAAGGUUAGUUGGAAGCUGUGGUGUUUGUGGACGGCGGUGUUGUAUUCGCUGCCGCUUUUCAAGAAUGGCAGCGCGUUGGUGGAGUGCGGGCUGGGCCUGAUCAAGGGUAUGGGGUUCUGAAGGGGUUUGAGGCUCUGGAAUAGCAGUUAGGAGGUCGGUACGUUCGCGCGCUGGUUCUGCUGGAUUGCUUUCUAGGAGAGCUUCAACCCUUGUGAGAAGAAAUGUCUGCACUAGAUCGACAGGCACACACAUAGAUUGUAGAUCUUACUUUCAAGAAUUUUGGGCAGUUCAAACUCAUUCCUUUCGUAGAUGCUCAUUUGUUUAGAUAGAAUUACAAAGAGUUGAAUUAUA